AUGUUUACACCCGAAGAAUUUAAUAAUCGUGAAACCGAUAAACUUAAUAUCCCUCAUAAUGUUAAUGUCGGAAAUCAUAACCAGCAACUUUCAAAUGAAAGUUCUAUUAUGAUUCAUCUUCCGUGCUAUUUCGGUGAUAGCACCGUUAAUCCAUUAGAGAUUUAUUCGCGUGAACAAAUCAUGCAAAAUAAUCAUCAACCUCUAUACAAUCAAUCAUCUUCUGAAUUUGGGCAAAAUAAUAGUACUAUGCAGUUAUACCAAAAUUCCGAAAAAGAUGAGUCACAUGCACAACAUGUGACUCAUGAAAAUACUAAUGAUUGGCCGCCCAGUAAUGAAUUGUAUCAACAAAAUAUAAUUUCAAAUCUAUAUAAUUCUGUUCUGGAAAGCCCAUAUCCUACGCCCCAAAACUUGGUAUCGAUGGAACCCUUGCCAACACCUACAUACAGUCCUUUAAUUUCUUUUGGUGACCCAGUACAAAAUUUUAAUUAUUUUAAUCAACAACAACGUCGCCAAAAUUAUAUUGAUCCAAUUUACGAUGCUGACUAUCAGCGUGCGAAUUUGUCUCAUCCCGGGCGCAUACCUUCUAGCCCACAAAAACCUCCUGUAUAUACUAAAUGGACCGAAGAAGAGGAUGAGCUGUUACGUGCAGCUAUAAGCAUUUAUGGUCCGCAUAAAUGGUCUCUCAUCGCAGCGCACGUCCCCAACCGGACACCCAUGCAAUGUUCUACAAGAUGGUUAGGAGCUCUGAAUCCUACUAUUCAUAAAGGACGUUGGACUCCGGAAGAAGAUGCUGCAUUAAAAGAUGCUGUUGGGGAAUUUGUGGACCUUAUUGAUUCGGAUGGGCAUCCUCAACCUAUUCCUUGUAAUAAAAUUGCAUCUAGGAUUCCACAUCGAACUGGUAUUCAAUGUCAGGCACGAUGGUCUGAAGCACUCGAUCCAAGUGUUAGGAAAGGAAAAUGGUCGCCCGAUGAAGAUGAAAUCUUGAAAGAAGGUGUUAGACGUUACGGAAGGUGUUGGAUUCGUAUCGCCGAAUUAAUUGAGGGCAGAACCCAGCGUCAAUGUAGAACACGCUGGGUUCAAAUUAAAAACAAACAGGCCAAACUGGAAAAGGACGCAAUGAUGGCCAAAUCAAAUAGCUCUUCAACGGACGAUGACAACGAUGAGGGUUUGUCAAUAUUAACCCCCCCAAACACAACUCCGUCUACUCCUGCCCAGACGGUAAUGCGUCCGUCACCUAAUAUAUUAAAUCAUAUGCCUCCUCGAAGGCAAUUAUCUGGAAUUCCUUCGAUAAUGAGUCAUAGCCCGAUAUUAUCACCGUCACCGACAGAUACAUUGACGAGUCCCGAAUCUUGUGGAGUGACGACUCCCGAGCAUACUUCGCCAAUGUUCGAUACUACUA